AUGAAGCUCGCUGCGCAGAGACUCGGGAACACGCCUACUACGGCCGUCGACGACUGCGACGACUGCAUGCUCGGCCCCUUGGAGGUACAAGUGAACUCCAAAAUCGCACACAUCGACGCCCGGGGUGAUGCCUUGGUCGAAAAGUUCCACAGUCUCGUUUCGUCAUGUUCUGCCUCGGGCUACUCCUACACCACACCCGGUCCAUAUGGCCAAGCCCUUCCCACUGCCGCCGUCACUGCCGCCGCCAACACCACCAAUAAUGCAACCACAAUGGCCUGGGGUCCGGGUCAGAAUCACAAACCCGCGAACUCCACUGCUGCUUCUGGAUCGCGUCCGGCCAGCCGGGACUAUGUGGUCCAGGACGGGGACACAUGUGACAGCAUCGCGGCAAAGAACAGCGUGUCCAUGUUUAGCAUCAUACAGGCUAACAGCAACCUGGACGUAUGGUGCAGACUGCUGACCCCUGGAAAAACAAUCUCUAUCCCUGACAAGAAGUGUCUUUUACACAAGGUUUCAGCUGGCGAUACGUGCCAAAUAUUGGGGGAGCAAUACGGAGCGACGGAACGACAGAUCAUUGACUGGAACGCAAACAUAAACAAAAAGUGUACAAACCUUGAACGGUGGAAAUCCUCAUAUAUCUGUGUGGGGCUAUAG